GUAAUUUGAUACAGUAGUGUGAUAUAUUAGGUGGAUUCAGUAGCUUGAUAGUAGUUUAUGUCGAGAGCACUGCGCGCAUAUGUGUGUGUUUUCGUGCGCACUUGCCCUGUGUGGUCUGUGUUGGUCUCCGAGUUCGCGUGUAUUUAUUUUUGUUUUACAACAGAAAGUUUCUUUUCACGAUUCUCCAGCGUCAGCUAUAAACUCAAACAGUCGAAGCAGAGCAUAAAAAGCAUUUGAGCAACGUAUGUGUGACUGUAGACAUUGCCAUGCAGUGAGAGACGAAGCUGGGUCCCCGGAACAUCACAGUGUUCUUCAUCGGAAACCCAGACUUGACAUCGUAGACACGCCCGCUCAUUGUCCUGUCCAGUAGGGUCGACAUAUGACAGCAGCUCUGCCAUCACGACCUGACCCUGCGAAUGACGUCACGAUGGUACUCGGGACACUACUGAGCCGCCAGGUGGCGAUGGGAUCGUUAUCGGCGACGUGAUAACACGUGAAGGCUCCGAUCGGCAUUUACCUGCACGCAGUCGAACCUGCGUGCGAUACUAAAGAGCCACCGCAGGGUUAGGACAACAGGUAUUUCCUCUGAGCCGCCGUGAACAUCAGGUGAGCAGUGUGAUUGUUGGUUUCAGCGAACUUUUACAAGCAAACAUAAAUAUAAGACUGAGCUCAGAUACCGAUAAGUCACCUUCAAGAUGAGACCUCUGCUCAUCCUAGCGGCUUUGCUGGCAACAGCACAUGGCGCGGCGCUGGGCUCCGACAAGUGCACGUGGGGCCCGGCCUACUGGUGCAGCAGCGUGACGGCUGCGGGGAGGUGCAGCGCCUUCGCCCACUGCAUGCAGGGUGUGUGGGGCAAGACACUGGCGGACUUUCUGCAGACAGAAACAUGCACGACAAGUGUGAACAAAGUACAACUCGCCCGGCGGCUCCUGGUUACCAAAAACGAAAAGGAUUCGGCAACCCAGAUUUUGACCUCGCUCUGCACCCUCGUCACCGAUUCAGAGAGGCGGAAAGAGUGCAAGGAGAUGGUUGUGACCUACCUGCCGCUGGCACUGGAGUUGUUGACAAGCAGCUUGAAAGACGACCAAGUGGCCUGGGUAUUGGGAUUAUGUGAGCCGGCCGGGAGAGAUGUAGCACCCGUUAAAUACCAGCCAUCCGCCGAGGAAACACGUUGCAAAAACUGUUACACUUUCGUCACCGACAUCACUGCUCGGCUUGGAAAGGAUGGAGGCGAGAAGCUUCAGGGGAUCUUGAAAAGCACCAUCUGCAGUGAGAUGGCCGACAUGGCACCUGUGUGUAAACUUUUGGUGGAGAACACAAUUCCCGAUCUUCUUAGCGAGAUUGCCAACGAAGCUCAACCUGGAGAUAUAUGUCGUCUGGCUGAUUUCUGCUCCAAUCGCGGAGAGGAGCCCAAGUUCCGGCAACUGUUCAAGAAAACAUUCCGAAAGCUGUCUACCAUCAUUUCUGUAGUGAAGGCGAAGAUUCAUGAUAUUGAAGGACGAGUGGAGUGCUAUGAAUGCCAGAAGGUCGUGACCUCCGUGAAGAACUUUGGAAAAGACUCGCCCCUUCGUUCAAGCGUCGAAAACGCAUUCAUGAAGUUGUGCAUGUACGAAGGCCUGGACACAGAAGAGUGUGGCGACCUUUCGUGGGGGCUGUUCUCUCAGCUGGACAUGUUUCUGUACGAAAACCUGGAGCCUUCCUCUUUCUGCAGCCAAGAGUUCGAGUGCAUCGACUCUGAUCUUGUCCCUCCUCCGUCCGUUGAGGAUGCUCAGACACCAGUGUACGAGUCUAGUAGCUGCUCAGAUUGUGAGAAAUUCUAUUCGGACAUCAGUGCCAUCCUCCACGAUGAAGAUUCUGUCACCCGAACAGUCGCUUUUGCGAAAAAGACUUUGUGUCAGAAUGUCGGAUCUCUACAGUACGAGUGCAAUGCCAUGGUGGACAGACUUCUUCCGGUGCUGCUUGGCUACAUCAGCAACUCAUUUACGCCUGCAUCAUUUUGCGGUAGUAUGGCCAUGUGCAGCCCAGGUCUCUCACCAAAGUUUGAUAUCAUGAAAGUUGUCAACUUAGUGCCGACAGAUGUAGGGAAGGUCGGUGACAUCAAAUGUGAAGAGUGCAUGGCGAUCGUGGGCUUCCUCCAAAAUCUCGACAGGGAUGCUGAAGUUCAGACAGCAGUGAGAAAACUUUUUAACGACACCUGUGCGCUACUGGGACAAGAGGCCAAACAGUGCCAGGCACUGGCAGCUCAGUACGCACCCCAGCUCUUUGAAAUUAUUGCCAGCGAACUGGACCCAGAAAGCGUGUGUGACCUCUUCUUGCACUGCUUCAAGUCCUCUGUGGAGGAUGACCGCGGAGAAGAUGUGGUUGAGACCAACGCAGUCGUUGUGGAGGUUGACCCACACGCUGACGUCCAGCAGUCAAACGCCGUGAGUGCAGAGGUCAAGGCGUCCAUCGUCGAUUGUGACAUCUGUCGAUUUGCCUUAGAAGUCGUCGAGGCAAUUGUCAGUCGCAACCGCACUGAGCAAAGUCUGGUGGAAGCCUUGCAGCAGGUCUGCAGCUUGCUGACUCCCUCCGCACGUCCACAAUGCGAGCAGUUCAUCAACAACUACAUGCCGACUCUGAUCCGCCUGCUGCUGCAGGAGCUGGACCCCGAGGUCAUCUGCAACGAACUGCAACUGUGCAACGAGACUGACAACAAGGUUCCGGAGACCGCUCAUCUCCAGGCCGCGUCCAUCGGGUCCAUCGAGUGCGAGGUGUGCGAGCUGGUCUUGGGCGCCAUCGACAGCGUGCUGGACGGCAACAGGACUUUAGCAGCCAUCGAAAAAGUUCUGGGCGAAAUCUGCUCCAUUUUGCCUGCCACCAUCCGUGCCCAGUGUGUGUCCUUUGUCAGUGAGUACGGCCCUGCGGUGAUGGAGCUGCUGGCUGAUGAACUGGACCCUCAGGUCGUCUGCAUCAAGAUUGGGCUCUGCAACCAGGCUCAAGUCAAGCAGCUUCUGGAAGCUGAGGACAAGCGCAGGCCACAGGCGACACCCGUCUGCGAGCUGUGCAACCAGGUGAUGCAGCUGAUCGAAACCUUCCUGCAGCAAAACCGCACCGAGGAGACAGUGACAAAGGCUCUGCAGCAAGUGUGCAGCUUCUUCCCUGACACCAUCAGUACCGAGUGCCGCCAGUUCGUGGGCCGUUACAGCCAGGAGGUCAUCAACCUCCUCCUGCAAGACCUCAACGCCACGGACAUCUGCAAGAAGCUUGGGUUGUGCAGCGACACGCGGCCUGUGACAGGGAAGGAACUGACCACAACAGCAGGCGACAAGAAGCCUUCAGCGGGUCCUAUCUGUGACCUGUGUAAACAGGUCUUGCAAACCUUGGACAGCCUGCUGGAGAAAAACCGCACAGUGGAUGACAUUGAGAAGGCGUUGGACAGGGUGUGCAAAUUGUUUCCCGCUACGAUCUCCUCCCAGUGUCGCCAGCUUGUCGGUCAGUAUGCUCCUCAGAUCAUCGAGUACAUCGCUGAAGAACUGAAGCCCGAGGAAAUUUGCAGCCUGCUGGGACUUUGUAGUCAGGGCAACGGGGCACAAGAAACAAAGCCAGUCGCAACCAUUGGAGAAGAGAAACCCUCUGCAGGUCCCAUCUGUGACCUGUGUAAGGAGGUCUUGCAGACCGUGGACAGCCUUCUAGAGAAAAACCGCACAGUGGACGACAUAGAGAAGGCGUUGGACCAGGUGUGCAGAUUGUUUCCCGCCACGAUUUCCUCCCAGUGCCGCCAGCUUGUUGCUCAGUAUGCUCCUCAGAUCAUCGAGUACAUCGCUGAUGAACUGAAGCCCGAGGAAAUUUGCAGCCUGCUGGGACUUUGUAGUCAGGGCAAGAAAGUGCAGGGGAAGGAACUAACCACAGCAACAGAUGAGCAGAAACCAGCAGCUGGCCCCAUUUGCGAUCUGUGUAAAGAGGUCUUACAAGCGGUGGACAGUCUGCUAGAGAAGAACCGCACAGUGGAUGACAUAGAGAAGGCGCUUGACCAGGUGUGCAGAUUGUUUCCUGCCACGAUUUCCUCCCAGUGUCGCCAGCUUGUCGGUCAGUAUGCUCCUCAGAUCAUCGAGUACAUCACUGAAGAACUGAAGCCCGAGGAAAUCUGCAGCCUGCUGGGACUUUGUAGUCAGGGCAACAGGGACCAAGAGGCAAAGCCAGUGAUGGAGGAAGGCAAACCGAAGCUAUCAGCUGGUCCCAUCUGCGAGUUGUGCAAAGUGGUCUUGACAACACUGGACAGUCUGGUAGAGAAGAACAGCACAGUGGAUGACAUCCAGAAGGGUUUGGACAAGGUGUGCAGCUUGUUCCCUGGCACGAUCGCAUCCCAGUGUCGCCAGCUUGUUGCUCAGUACUCUCCUGAGAUCGUCCAGCUGCUUCUUCAGCAGCUUAACCCCUCCGAUAUUUGCCUGAUACUGGAUCUGUGCACCAAAGCCGGAAAUGUACAGAACGAGGCCGCCGUAGGUGAGCUCAAACCAUCAGCAGGCCCCAUCUGUGAUCUGUGUAAAGAGGUGUUGCAAAAAGUGGACACUCUGCUAGAGAAAAAUCGCACAGUGGAUGACAUAGAGAAGGCAUUGGACCAGGUGUGCAGGUUGUUUCCAGCAUCUAUCGCCUCCCAGUGUCGUCAGCUCGUGGCUCAGUAUGCUCCAGCUUUAAUCGACCUCAUCGUGGAAGAACUGCAGCCUGACGAAAUCUGUAGUCUGUUGAAACUUUGCAGCCAGAGCAACAAAGCAGCAGGAAGGGAGCUGAUCACAAUAAACAGUGAGCAGAAACUAUCAGCAGGUCCCAUCUGCGAUCUGUGUAAACAGGUCUUGCAAACCUUGGACAGCCUUCUGGAAAAAAACCGCACAGUGGAUGACAUAGAGAAGGCGUUGGACCAGGUGUGCAGAUUGUUUCCUGCUACGAUCGCCUCCCAGUGUCGCCAGCUUGUUGGUCAGUAUGCUCCUCAGAUCAUCGAGUACAUCGCUGAUGAACUGAAGCCCGAGGAAAUUUGCAGCCUGCUGAAACUUUGUAGUCAGGGCAAGAAAGUGCAGGGGAAGGAACUAACCACAGCAGCAGAUGAGCAGAAACCAGCAGCUGGCCCCAUUUGCGAUCUGUGUAAAGAGGUCUUACAAGCGGUGGACAGUCUGCUAGAGAAAAACCGCACAGUGGAUGACAUAGAGAAGGCGUUGGACCAGGUGUGCAGAUUGUUUCCUGCCACGAUUUCCUCCCAGUGUCGCCAGCUUGUCGGUCAGUAUGCUCCUCAGAUCAUCGAGUACAUCGCUGAAGAACUGAAGCCCGAGGAAAUCUGCAGCCUGCUGGGACUUUGUAGUCAGGGACACAAUGAACUCGCUUCAGUGCCAACUCCCGAGCCAAAGAUGGUGGCCAAAAUUGAAGAUGAUUUUGAGUGCGCCUUAUGCCAGUUGGUCAUCAGUGAGGUCAACAAAUUGCUAGGCAACAACAGGACAGAGACCGCCAUCAUCAAAGCCGUGGAGACAGUGUGUGACCUGAUGUCUGGAGACCUGAAGCUGCAGUGCCAGUCCGAGGUGCAGAACUACGGUCCAGCCGUCAUUGACCUCCUACAGCACCUGGAUGACCCCGAGACUGUUUGCCAGGCCAUCAAGUUCUGCCUACCCAAGCUUCCACUGGCGGCCGGUCGUGAAGUCGAGACCCAGGCAGUAGCGGUGCGGGAGGGGGAACUGUGUCUGAUCUGUGACACCCUUCUCAACUAUGUGGAGGAAGGUUUGAACCAGCAGGCCACCGUAGAGGAGGUCGAGAAACUUCUCAACGAUGUCUGCAAGCUUUUCCCGACUGACCUCACCAGCGAGUGCUCCCUGCUGGUCCAGCAGUUUACUCCCCUCAUCAUGCAGCUGUUGGCUGAGGAGGUGAACCCUAAGGCUAUCUGUGAGACCAUCAAGCUGUGUCCGAGCCCUAAUUCCACCUCACACCCAAAGUUUCUUGGACUUGACCCUUGCACUUUCGGUCCCGCCUACUGGUGCGCCAAGCUAGAGAACGCCGAGGAGUGUGGAGUUGUGGAGCGGUGUGUAAAGGACCAUGGCCUUGUCAUCAAUUAACCAAACUAUUGUAAAUUUCUCCGAACAAGAGACAUGAAAAGAGAAUUCACAAGUGCCAAACGCUUCUUCAGCUCGCAUUACAACCUGUGUAUCGCAGUACCACAGGUAUCAUCUCACCUUUGCCAUUGCUCAGGCGUGUGCCUACCACGUGACAUUGUUCUUCGCUCUGCGCCGCGUGUUGUUAGUCCGAGCACUCGCUCACCUGAGGUCGCUAAGAUGUCAGCCCGGGUACAGGUGACUGUGACAGUCACGUGACACUACAUUCCAUCAGCAGACUAUGCUUAGUGUGACUAUGUUUUGUAUUUUACCACGACCAUGUCUUGUCAUUUUUAUUUUCGUGAUUAAACUUGGGGACUCUUCA